AUGUUUAAAAAUGCUAGUUCAGCGAUUAGAGCAACAACUGAUGAAGGGAGGUUAAAUGGUUUAUUAGGAACAAAUAGCAGGACACCUGAUAUAUUAAAAGGGAUUGGAGAUGUGAGUGAAGCAUUUUCGCCCUAUAUAAAUUUGAUAAAUUUAGUAGCUGUUAUUACAGAAGAAACAUUAAAAAUUCUUGAAAAUAUUGAAUAUAAUAAGAAAACAUGUAAAAAUCUAAUUGACAGAAUACAAGCAGUAGAAUUUAGUGUUAAAAUACUAGUAAGAAGAAGAGAAGAAAAUGAAAAAAAUUUUCGUGACGAUGCAUACUUCAAAGCAUUUUAUCGUUUAGUUCAAAAUUUAGAAGAUAUUAAAAAUUUUGUACGUGAUGUGUCAAAACUUAGUGGAUUACGAAAAUUUACAGAUUCUGGAUCUGUCAAAAAAAGAUUUAAUGAAUUAAUUAAAGAAUAUGAUCAAAAUAUCAUUGAUUUACAUUUUACUAAAUGUGUUGCUGAUGAAGAGCAACUUAUAGAAGCAGGUGUUACUGACAAUAAAAAAAAUAUCAAUAUUGUUUUAGAACAGAUUUCUUUAAUGUGGCAAGAUUUAUUAGAUAAAAUCGAUGAAAGUACUCGUGCUAAACAUACAGAACAGAAUGAUAUUGAUGACGAAGAUGUUUGUGUGCCAAAGAUUGAAGACAUUGUAUUAGAAGAUCCAAAAGGAAAUGAUGAUACCAGAGGAAGAGUUUUAAAGAAAUAUUAUAAACAUUAUGGAAUUUAUGUUGCGUGUAAAAGUGAUAAAUUUUUAGAGGAAAAGCAAAAGGGAUUUCCACGUUAUAUUGCAUUCCUAAAGAAAAUUAGUAAAGAAUAUUCUGCUUGUAGACCAACAUUUCAAAAAAUUGUACUCGACUUGAAUAAUCUUAUUACAAAAGAAAAAACUAAAAUUGGAGAUUUGUCAUGGUUAAGGCAUCGUAAUGAAGCUGAAAAAGCCCUUAAAAGAACACCUUCACCCAGUAAAGCGGAUCAAAUUGAAGGUUUUAAUUUAGAUUCAAAAACUCCACCAUCCUCAUCAUCUUCAAUAAAAUCAAUUCUAUCAAAAACAUCAAUGAUAAAAGGAAAUACUCCAGAAACAAAACAACCCUCAAAAAUUCAAAAUAUACCUACAAUGUUAGUAGCUUUACAAAUAUUGGAUGAAGCAUUUAAGAAAGAACCUGAUAUUUUUAAACUUGAUGGAUUAUCAAAAGCAACCUUUAACAAACGACCAACUUCAAUCCAUUGUUGA